AAGAUCUAAGACAUUUCGAAUAUAACGAUUGAACACUAAGUUGAGAAAAGCAAAGAACAUACUAAUGGCACAGUUUUGAAUACAAGUGGACACGUCUGAGAUGGUCUAAAAUUAACACGCGCUUUUUAAAAGAUCGGUGUGAAACUUUAGUUUUAUUUCGACAAUCAAGCAAGUGUGUGCAUAAACACGAACCCAUAUAAGUGACGAACGAUGUGUUACCUUUAAGUCGUUAACUAAUUGGCUGUGGACAAUGUUUAGCUUUUUUAAAAAGUCCCGAAAAGACGACAAUGGGAGCGGUAAAAAGAAUAAGGACAAAGAAAUCAGAGAACAUAAAAGUCCUUCAAGUGCAAGGGCUCCACCUAUUGAAACUGGAAACCCUAUGGGGCAAACUAACGAUGAAGAAACUGAUGCAGUUGCAGAAGCUGCAAGCAAUAUGAAAAACAUUGCAGAUGUUGACUUGCUGAAAACUAGUGGUUUCGAUUAUGUGGCUCAAUCAUCUAAAACUGAUGAACUGAAAAUGAGUAUAAAUAAUCAACCUUCCACACCUGAACUUGCGCCCGAAUCCGAUUCCAUUCCGAUGCCAAAAAAUGUUGUGAAUGCACCUAAAACUAUCAGUAGUGAGGUGGCGACAUUUUACGAAAAAAAUAACGAACAAAACGACUUAAAGAUGUGCGAUUCUUACGUAAACGGGCGGAAAAUAGCCGGAAGUGACGAAAAUCGAAUCAAGGAACGACGCGGCUCUUGUGUUAAACCAUGCGGACAUGGCACAACGGCAAUUUUACCAAGGAACCCAGUACAGUCUGCUGCCCCUAAAAAAGAAACUCCACCCGCAAGUCCGGUAAUGGAAAUUAAGAAAACCUUCAGGUACACCGUUAAUGGAAUUCAAGGAAACGAUAUAGUUGAGCACGAAGAACCGCAAGAUAAGAAGCUGAAGAAUGAAACGGAGCCAGGCCAUAAUGUGGAUAAAACCAAUAUUAGUCUGGAUGAUCGACUGGAACAGAAAAAGAAAAAUCUCAUUAACCAGGAAGCAAAAUUCCAAAGUCAGCUUAACGAUUUAACUAAGGAACUGUCGGUCCGAGAUGCUGAAGCUACCAAGCUACGUUUCCAGAUGGAUGAGCUCCAAAGAGACGUAUUUGCCAAGUCGGCUGGAAUGGAUCGUCUGCAAACUGAACUCAAUUCUGCCAACAAAGAAUCGGAAAUUAUCCGCCAGAAGAUACGACACUUAGAAAAUGAACUAGAAAACUACAGGAAACGAAACGCAGAUCUUGCACAGGAGAUUGAAAAUAAAAGUGAUUCGUAUGGCAACUAUGAGGCGGAAACCCAAUCAAAAAUUAGUGAACUAGAAGGAGUUAUUAAAAACUUACGGAUACGAAUUGAAACGUUGGAGGAUCAAAUUAACGAGUUGAAGGAAGAAAAACAACAAUUGGAAGCUAAACAUGCGGAACUCCAGUCGGAAAGAGAUGAAGAAAGGAAACGAUUGGCAGAAACGCUGGAAACCACAACAAAGCAAAAAGAAGAAAUUGAAAAAAAGUGGAAAACCGAUUUCGAAAAAUUGAGAACCGUUAACAUUGUUAAAGAGCAGGAUUUGUUGGAUGACUUUGAAUGGAAAUUAAGGGAAGUACAACAGAUGUGCAAAAAGAAAUUAGAUGAAAAAGAAAAAUUAAUAGAGGAAAGACUGCAGGGUGCAUAUAAAGAAGCUGAACAGAGAAUGGAAGAAGCUCAGAAAAUGUUGGGCCAAGUCGAGGCUUUAAAAUCAUACGAGACGGAAGUAAAACAACUGAGAAAUCAAACUUCAGAACAAGAAAAGGCAUUGCAGCAAAUGAGAGAUCAACAGGCACAGAUGAUGCAAGCUGAAUCCAAUCUGAAAAACGAAACUAGAAGACUGCUUAAUCUCAUAGAAAUUGAAAAAGAAAAUCUACAACACAUCCAAAGAAUUCAUAGACAAGAACUGUUAGAUAAAGAGCGGAAGUUGAAGGAUACCCUUAAUCAAAAGAGAACUGAGAUUGCAAUGUAUUGGGAAGAAAAACUGUUGACCGAAUGUGGUAGAUUAAAAGACGAAAUGGAGCAAAUCCACAAUGAGGAGAAGUAUAUUGCUAUGGAAGCUGUGAGGAAAGAAAAGGAAGCAGAGUUUCAAAAGAGACAAACCCAAUGGGAGAGCAAAAUGCGAGAAUGCCUAAAAGAGAUUGACUCACUGAAGAAAGCAUUGGAUGAAAAAGAUGACUAUUACCACGAAGAGCUGAUUACCGUAAGGUCCAACACUGACAGAGACAUUAUGGAACUGAGACGGUUAAUGAACAAAAUUGAUAUGACCCACCAUGAUAACUAUGAAAAAUUGGCGCUUCAGCACGAGGAAGAACUAGAAAAACUAAAUGCUGAACAUGAGCAGGAAUUAAAAGACAUAGAGGAGCACUGGAGAAGGAACAUGUCAGACGUCUCCUCAAAUCUGGAGAAAGCGAAAGAACAACUAGAGAAGGAAGGGCAACAGAAGAUGGAGUCGUUGGUGGAACAACAUAGGGGAGAAUUAGAUUCGCAGUGGGAAAAUCUCAUCCAUCAAAAAUCUGAAGCCAUUAAACUAGUUGAAGACGAGUACGUUCUAAAAUACAAAACCUUGGAAGAACAAUUCUACGCUCAACAGAAAUCGCAUGGUUCCAGAGAAAUUGAACUACUGAAGGCUAUUGAUGCUUUGAAAAACGAAAUCCAGAGCAAAGACUCUACACUCGACGACCUGCAGAAUAAUGUGGAAACUCUUGAAGGCGGAGUGCAGGUUUUAAACCAGGAAAUUGCGCAGCAAAACAGCGAUUUAGCAAAGGUUAAAACAGAGGCUGAACAAAAAGUUAGAAGUCUACAUGAAACCAUUGCUCAGUUACUGGAGGAAAGAGACAAGGAACAAGAAGCAUUUAGACUAAAGCUGAUGGGAUCACAGAAGCAGUCUCAAGAAACAAUCGAACACCUUCAAAGAAAAGUUACCUGCCUCACUAAACUAUUUGAAGAAGUUCGCCAACGGUAUGAACGAAGGGAAUCACGACAGGAAGAUCUAAAUAUAAUCUCCGACUUGAAACAAGUCGUGGCCGAGCAAGAAAAGGAUCUUGCGUGUAUAAAUGAAGAAAAGCGCUACUUCCAGAUGCGAUUAAUGCAACUAGAACGUCAUUUAGAGCGCCAAUCUUCAGCGGAAGAAGACUUUGAAGAUGCCGAAUCUCAUACACACCAAAGAGAUGCUCAAGGUGCUGCUGCUCCACCACCUCCAUAUCCCACUCAAAAUAGGCCCAACUUUUUACCAACGAAUCCGAAUGAUUCUAAUCCCAAUAUAUUAAUACCUCCCACAAUACCAGAAGGUGACGAGUAAGUAAUCAUGAGUGACUGCUCUUUCGUAAAGACUAUCAAUCGAAAGUUAACUAAAACUCAUUGAAGUAAACGGUUUUAUAAUUCUUAAGAGAUACAUGUAUAUUUUACAAGUGUGCGCAAUAAACAAUAACUUAUUAUUGUUAAGUGUCGUAUAUUAAAGGUCUGUCCGGUUGAUUUCAAAAUAUAUUUUAAAAAAAUCGUCAAGUGGCUUAUCAAGGUUUUUCUACAGUAAUCGCGCUCUUAGCUGUCUACUGUAUAUAGUUUAUAUUGAGUGGACAAUUUUAUUUUUAUAUAUCUUUAUAUAGCUGCAUUUUGUAGUGGCCUUUUGGCUGGUUGAACUUUCCAUUUAAACCAUUUAAUUGUCAUAUUGAUAAUACGGGGAAAAAGCGUUGAUAUAUUAUAAAAAAUUUAUAAAUUUGAUAGAAUAAUUUUCUAUUUAAUAAAUAAUAGAUGCGUAUUAUAUACCGAGAACACCUCAAUCAGCUUUUGUAGUUUUGGCACUGAGGUCCUUAAUAAAUUUUCCAUUUUAAUAAUUGAGUGAUGUGAAAAGUCGUUUAGCAAACUUGAAUAAAAUUCUUUAAGCAGUGUUACUUCUAGGCUAGUCUUAUGUCGACUGGCGUCGAUUUGAUUUAUUGUUAAAAAACAUACGGGGCGUUUUGUAAAAUAAUUUAUUGGGAGGUGAAAUUGUGUCUACUUAUCUAUCUAAUGCCAUAAACACUAUUUUAUAAAUAUUUGUAAUUUCUGUGUAAAAUAAAUAUAACAUUUUAA